GCAACCAGGGACCAGACCGUCGCAAGAGGCACCCGCCAGAUACCUUCCCCCUCCCCUGAUCUAGCCCUCUACUACAGCAGCCCCUGAACUGGCCGGGGGAUCCCAGAGUUGCCUGACGACUGCAAAAACAUUUAUAGAAACAGCCUCUGAUUACGACAUGGCUGAGAUCACCAAUAUCCGACCUAGUUUUGAUGUGUCACCUGUGGUGGCUGGCCUUAUUGGGGCCUCAGUGCUGGUGGUGUGUGUCUCGGUGACCGUCUUUGUCUGGACUUGCUGCCACCAGCAGGCAGAGAAGAAGCACAAGACCCCACCCUACAAAUUCAUUCACAUGCUCAAAGGCAUCAGCAUAUACCCAGAGACCCUCAGCAACAAGAAAAAAAUCAUCAAAGUGCGGAGAGACAAAGAUGGCCCUGGGAGGGAAGGUGGACGUGGGAACCUGUUGGUGGACGCAGCAGAGGCAGGCCUGCUAGGCCGAGACAAGGGUCUCAGGGGCCCUAACUCUGGAUCUUGUAUAGACCAAUUGCCCAUUAAAGUAGACUAUGGGGAAGAACUGAGGAGCCCUGCUGUGAGCCUGACUCCUGGAGAAAGUAAAACCACUUCUCCAUCAUCUCCAGAGGAGGAUGUCAUGCUAGGAUCCCUCACCUUCUCAGUGGACUAUAACUUCCCGAAAAAAGCUCUGGUAGUGACAAUCCAAGAGGCCCAUGGACUGCCAGUGAUGGAUGACCAGACCCAGGGCUCUGACCCCUAUAUCAAAAUGACCAUUCUUCCUGACAAGCGACAUCGGGUGAAGACCAGAGUGCUGCGGAAGACCCUGGACCCCGUGUUUGAUGAGACCUUCACCUUCUAUGGCAUCCCAUACAGCCAGCUGCAGGACCUGGUGCUGCACUUCCUCGUCCUCAGUUUUGACCGCUUCUCCAGGGAUGAUGUCAUUGGGGAGGUGAUGGUGCCAUUGGCUGGGGUAGACCCUAGCACAGGCAAGGUACAGCUGACCAGGGACAUCAUCAAGAGGAACAUCCAGAAGUGCAUUAGCAGAGGGGAGCUCCAGGUAUCUCUGUCAUAUCAGCCUGUGGCACAGAGAAUGACAGUGGUGGUCCUCAAAGCCAGACACUUGCCGAAGAUGGAUAUCACCGGUCUCUCAGGUAAUCCUUACGUCAAGGUGAACGUCUACUACGGCAGAAAGCGCAUUGCCAAGAAGAAAACCCAUGUGAAGAAGUGCACUUUGAACCCAGUCUUCAAUGAAUCUUUCAUCUAUGACAUCCCCACUGACCUCCUGCCUGACAUCAGCAUCGAGUUCCUCGUCAUCGACUUCGACCGCACCACCAAGAAUGAAGUGGUGGGGAGGCUGAUCCUGGGGGCACACAGUGUCACAGCCAAUGGUGCCGAACACUGGAGAGAGGUCUGUGAGAGCCCCCGCAAGCCUGUGGCCAAAUGGCACAGUCUGAGCGAGUACUAA